AUGAGUGCAGAUACUCCUUCCCUUGUGUCUGUUCCUAUAGUUAGCAAGUUUGCAGAGGUCUUUCCCAUAGACUUGCUUGCUAUGCCACUUGAUCAUGAUAUUGAAUUCUGUAUUGACUUGGAUACAGGCACUCGACCUAUUUUUAUUCAACCUUACCAUAUGGCUCCGGCAGAGUUGACAGAAUUAAAGAAGCAAUUGCAAGAUUUGUUGAGUUGUGUGUUAAUGCAAGAGGGUAAGGUGAUAGCAUAUUCUUUGAGGCAGUUGAAGGUGUACAUGGUUCACCGUAGUCUUCAGCAUGUGUUCAGUCAGAGGGAUCAGAACUCAAGGAAGCAUAGAUGGAUGGAGUUGCUCAAGGAUUAUGACAUGACCAUUCUUUAUCAUCUGGGAAAAACUAAUGUGAUAGCUAAUACGCUGAGCCGAAAGGCAUUGAGUACGGGUAGCUUGGCACACUUGAUUAUGGGAGAGCGUCCUUUAGACAUGGAGGUUCGGUGCUUGGCUAAUAGUAUGGUGAGAAUCGAUAUUUCAGACUCUGGCAAGCUAAUCCAAACGGGCUCUAAGUCUGUGCACUUCAUUCCACUUCAGACUACUUACAACGCGGAGAAGUUGGCCAGAAUCUACAUUAGAGAGGUCGUCAGAUUGCAUGGUGUGCCCAUUUUCAUCAUUUUAGACAGAGGCACUCAGUUCACUUCCCAUUUAUGGAGGACUUUGCUAAAGGAAUUGGGGACUCAGUUGGAUCUUAGUUCAACGUUCCACCCUCAAACCGAUGGUCAAUCCGAGAGAACUAUUCAGGUGUCAAAGGAUAUGUCGAUGAAGAAGGGCAAGUUCAGCCAGGGCUUUAUUGGCCCAUUUGAGAUCCUUCGUCAUAUUGGUGAGGUGGCUUAUGAUUUGUCUUUGCCACCAGGUUUAUUAGGUGUCCAUCCGGUGUUUCAUGUGUCUAUGUUGAAGAAAUACCAUUCAGACAGCACUUAUAUCAUCCACUGGGACACGGUAUUGUUUGAUCAGAAUCUGUCCUUCGAGAAAGAGCCAGUAGCAUUCUUGGAUAGGCAAGUGAGGAAGUUGAGAUCAAAGGAAAUAGCUUCAGUUAAGGAAGCAGUGGUGGAAAAGGGUGAACAUGAUAAGUGCAAAAAGGACAAGACAGAAGAAGAGAGAACUAAGGAGAAAUCCUUAGAUAUCAGUCCUAUUAAUCAUCCAAAGAAGCCUGGUGGAUCAGUCCCAAAGACUCCAAGAAGUAAUCCCCCUCAGGAAAUAAAAGAUCAGGAGCUGAAGGAAGAUUUGCUUAAUGUUCAAAUUGAUCAGGUAGCAAGCGAAGCAGAUCUCUCUCCUAGACAGACAAGGCAAAUGAGAAACUCAAAAGCAAAAGGAGGAAAGAAGGAACUUGUUCCCCCAGUUAAACUAUUAUCAAAGAGGCUGGUAGCCUCCAAACAAUCUUAA